ACAAAAUAAAGCUGCUCACAGGUUAAUGCAUGUAUACAUACAAAAUCAGCCACUGCAAUCUGGAAAUUCAGAGCUAUGUGUGGUGAAUGUAAUUUAGUUAAAUUAGUCAAAUAAAUAACACCAAAAAGAGGCUUUGUGGUAAAUAAUAAAAUCACAUUCAUAUGUUUUAGUGAUCCUAACAUGUUGUUAUGUAGUUUAACGAGCUAAAUGACACCUCUAAUUGCCUAAUUACAGCUUAAUUGGGCUGCUUUAUGUGACUUCUGAUGAGCCUACAGCCCCCAUAAUGCACUCGGCGCGGCUCGUUUCCGGUCCUGCGCCGUUUCUGGAGCGGAUUGGAACCCGGAGUCAGGAUUCGACAAAUGAAGUGUCUUUUGCAGAAAAGGUUGACAUAAUGGCUGAGCAGACGCCAGAUGAGUUCAUCUGGUGUGAUGACUGUGGCCAGUACCAUGACUCUGAGUGUCCUGAGCUGGGACCACUGGUGACCGUGGAGGACUCCUUUGUCCUCAGCCGGGCUCGGUCCUCGUUGCCAAGCAGCUUGGAGAUCCGACAGGUGGCCGAUGGAGCGGAGGGGGUGUUUGUCAAGAGUGUUUUGGUCAAGAGGACCCGGUUUGGGCCUUUCGAGGCUAAGCGUGUCCCCCACCUGGAGACAGAAGGAGCGUUUCCUCUGAAGAUCUUCCAGAAGGACGGCGUGGUGGUGUGUUUUGACUCCAGCAGUGAAGAAGACUGCAACUGGAUGAUGAUGGUACGGCCUGCCACCAACUACAAACACCAGAAUCUGACGGCUUACCAGCAGGACGAGGAGGUGUACUUCAACACCUCCCAGGAUGUGCUCCCAGGAACAGAGCUGAGGGUCUGGUAUGGAGCUUUUUAUGCCAGGAAGAUGGAGAAGCCUAUGCUUAAGUCUCCACUUCAGCCCCCACCACUUCCACCAGAUCUGACAUCUUCAUCUUCCCAAACAGAGACCUCAGAGAAAACUAGAGCCCUCCUGCCCCCAGUGGCUGAAGAAAACAAUGCAGGCCACAUGCUGAGUCAUCUGGAUGAGGCAAAGACCGUAACGGAGCUUCCGGUUGACUCGCUCCUGCCCCAGGAGGAGAGCCUGGUUGGUCCUGAUGAGGAGGACGCCCCCCCUGCUGCAAAACCUGCCCCCAAGAGAGGGCAAGGCAGGGGUAGGAGAGCCAAGGGACGUAGACCUGGAGCCACAGCUGCCACAGGCAAAAACAAAGAUGUGAAGCCACCAGUGGAGAGCUCGAAGCCGGUAACUACAGAGACAGCAUCAGCAACAGUAACGACAGCAGAAAGCACCAACCUGCUGGGGGCUUCAGACAGCAGCGGGGUUGUCCUGAAGAGACACAAGGCCAGAGAGCACAAGAGGGUUUACCGCUGCUCCCUCUGCAACAAGGUCUUCCAGAACAGCAGCAAUCUGAACAGACACAUCCGAUCUCAUGGUGAUAAGUUGUUCAAAUGUGAUGAAUGUGACAAGUUGUUCAGUCGCAAGGAGAGUCUGAAGCAGCACAUCUCUUACAAGCACAGCAAGAAUAUGCCUGACAUGGAGUACAAAUAUAAAUGCAACACAUGUGAGAAAUCAUUUCGCCUGGAAAAUGCCUUAAAGUUCCAUAACUGCCGGACAGACGACAAGACGUUCCAGUGUGAUAUCUGUUCGCGGUUCUUCUCCACCAACAGCAACCUCUCCAAGCACAAGAAGAAGCACGGCGAGAAGCUCUACUCCUGUGAAAUCUGCAACAAGAUGUUCUACCGCAAAGACGUGAUGCAGGAGCACCACAGGAGGCACGGAGUGGGGCCGAAGCACAUGAAGAAAGAGGAGCUGGAAGCCAACGGAGAGGAAGGGACCAAGUACAGGAAGGAACCUUCACCAUGUCCAAUCUGUGGCAAGGUGUUCUCUUGCAGGAGUAACAUGAACAAACAUCUGUUGACUCACGGUGAUAAGAAGUACACCUGUGAGAUCUGCGGCCGCAAGUUCUUCCGCGUGGACGUCCUGCGAGAUCACAUUCAUGUUCACUUCAAGGACAUCGCCUUAAUGAACGAGCAGGAGAGAGAGGACUUUAUCAAGAAGAUUGGCAUUUCGGCAGGCGACAGUGACGACACGGACCUCGACGAUGAAGACGACGACGACCCCGAGCUCCACAAGUACAACUGCAAGAAAUGUCAACUGUCAUUUGCAAAGGGCCGAGAGUACCUGAAGCACAUCAUGGAACAGCACAAGGAGAGAGGCUACAGCUGCGGGAUCUGUAAUCGCCGCUUCGCACUGAAGGCCACAUACAAUGCUCACCUGGUCAUCCACAGAGAGCAGCUGCCCGACCCUGCAGUGCAGAAGUACAUCCACCCCUGUGAAAUUUGUGGGAGAAUCUUCAAUAGUAUCGGUAACCUGGAAAGACACAAGAUCAUCCACACCGGGGUGAAGAGCCACAGCUGUGAUAAGUGCAACAAAUCAUUCGCGAGGAAGGACAUGCUGAAAGAGCACCUAAGGGUCCACGAUGACAUCCGAGACUUCCUGUGUGCAGAGUGCGGGAAAGGCAUGAAAACCAAGCACGCUCUGAGGCACCACAUGAAGCUUCACAAGGGCAUCAAAGAGUACGAGUGCAAGGAGUGUAACCGCAAGUUCGCCCAGAAGGUCAACAUGCUGAAACAUUACAAGAGACACACGGGUAUAAAGGACUUCAUGUGUGAGCUGUGUGGGAAGACUUUCAGUGAAAGGACGACACUAGAAACACACAAGCUCAUCCAUACAGUGGGUAAGACAUGGACAUGUGUUACGUGUGAUAAGAAGUACCUGACAGAGUACAUGCUGCAGAAGCACGUCCACCUGACCCAUGAGAAGGUGGAGGCCCAGUCGUGUCACCUCUGUGGGACCAAGGUAUCCACCCGCGCAUCCAUGAACCGCCACCUCCGACGCAAACACCCCGAGGUGGUGUCUGUGAGAAUCGAUGAGUUUGACGAUCUUCAGGAACCUCCGACAAUCAAUGAUACAUCUAUCAGCAUUGUGCAGCCCACCCUGACCCUGGAAAAAGAUGGCUUGUCUCAGGAGAGGCCCAGUCGACCGUCCCGACACGCCAAGAAGAGGCCUAGGGUUCAGGCCGAGCCAGAGCUCUCUGAAUCUGACGAAUUUGUUGACUUCACUGAGCACAGGCCCGAGUCCAUCACUGAAUUUAACGCCGUCAUAGUUGGAGAUGAGACCGAGACGAGCUCUGCUGUGCAGAGUAUACAGCAGGUGGUGGUCCUCUCCGACUCCAACGCCCAAUCAGCCUCCUCCCCCAACAGCUCGGUGGGCCUGACCAACAUCACUGUCACACCCAUCACCAGCCACGCCCCCACCCAAUUCACCAGCCUGCAGCCUGUAGCCGUGGGCCACAUGACAGCCAGCGACCGGCCCCUCACACUGGACAACUCCAUCCUCACCGUCACCUUCGACACCGUCAGCGGCUCGGCCAUGCUCCACAAUCGGCCCGCCGAACUCGUCCCAGAGACGGUGGGUCCCAGCGGGGGCACGGCGCCCCAGUCAGUCGCCCACUUCAUCAACCUCACCACUCUCGUCAACCCCAUGAAUCACCAGCUGGAGGCUCCGACUCUGGCCUGGAGGCCUGUACCUGCAGCUGACGGCACCCAGGUCACCCCUGUGGUGGAGGGUGCUCAAGGUGACAGUCAGGAGGCCCAGAAUCAGGGCCCCGAGCCGGGCCGGCCCAGCCAGAACCAGCCACCCAACCCCCAGCAGCAGACCGGAUCGGCACAGCAGAUGUUCAGCUACUAGAGCAGAGACUGGAGGUGCUGGUCACCUCACACUCACAGACAUUGUCACAUAGUAGAGUAGAUUUUAUGAAACUGUACAAAGCUUUGAUCACUGUCACCCAGAUGCCUCUCCAGUCCCAUGGAAAUGAA